AAGGAAAGAGCUGGGGGAGGGGCGGUGUGAGGGUGACUGAUUUCCUUCCGGCACGUCGCCCGCUCCGGAGGAGGGGGCGGGGGGUUUCACUUCCGGGACGGUGUUCCGGCCCAUUCCGGCCCAUUUCCACCCCCGGAGCUCUCGCCCCUUCAGCGCCGACGCUAGAGAAAGACUUUACUCCAGGGGCUUCCUCCUCACUGGGGAAUUGCUGGAAAGAGCAAACAAAAAGGUGCUGGUGUAGGCUCCAAAAUAAACAUCUGAAUUCGUGAUGGCAUCGACCGAGGCUCUUAAUGGAUUAAAAGUUUCAAAACAAACAAUAACGCUUUGGAAAAAGCAGGGUUGAACGUCUGCCUGUACUUUCAGGCAUGACCAUGGAGAAAAGUGGAAACAUACAACUGGAGAUCCCUGACUUCAGCAACUCUGUUCUGAGCCAUCUCAACCAGCUACGAAUGCAAGGCCGUCUCUGUGAUAUUGUGGUCAAUGUGCAAGGACAGGCUUUCCGGGCUCACAAAGUAGUGCUGGCUGCCAGCUCCCCUUAUUUCCGGGAUCACAUGUCCUUGAAUGAAAUGAGUACUGUGUCCAUUUCUGUCAUCAAGAACCCUACUGUUUUUGAACAGCUUCUUUCUUUCUGUUACACAGGGCGGAUAUGCCUGCAACUAGCAGAUAUCAUCAGCUACCUAACAGCUGCUAGUUUUCUGCAGAUGCAGCAUAUUAUAGACAAAUGCACACAGAUCCUAGAGGGCAUUCACUUUAAAAUUAAUGUGGCUGAGGUUGAAGCAGAAUUAAGUCAAACAAGGACAAAGCAUCCAGAGAGACCUCCAGAGUCUCACAGGGUAACACCGAAUCUAACCCGCUCACUUAGUCCACGCCAUAAUGCCUCAAAGGGAAACUGGAGAGGACAAGUCAGUGCCGUGCUGGAUAUCAGAGAGCUCAGUCCUCCCGAGGAGUCCACCAGUCCUCAGAUAAUUGAACAGAGUUCUGAUGUAGAGGGCCGGGAGCCCAUUCUCCGAAUUAACAGAGCAGGACAGUGGUAUGUGGAAACAGGGAUAGCAGACCAGGGGCCCCAGAGUGGUGAUGAAGUCAGGGUUCUUGGAGCAGUGCACAUCAAAACUGAAAAUCUGGAGGAGUGGCUUGGGCCGGAGAACCAGCCUUCUGGAGAAGAUGGCAGUAGUGCCGAGGAGGUCGCUGCCAUGGUGAUUGACACCACAGGCCAUGGGUCUGUAGGGCAAGAAAGCUACACUUUAGGGUCUUCGGGAGCCAAGGUAGCUCGGCCAACCAGCAGUGAGGUCGACAGAUUUAGUCCCUCCGGCAGUGUUGUUUCCAUGACAGAGAGACACAGAGCCAGAAGUGAGUCUCCUGGGAGAAUGGAUGAGCCUAAGCAGCUUAGCUCCCAGGUAGAAGAGUCAGCGAUGAUGGGAGUAAGCGCCUAUGUGGAGUAUCUCCGAGAACAAGAAGUAUCUGAACGAUGGUUCCGGUAUAAUCCCCGCCUCACCUGCAUCUACUGUGCCAAAUCUUUCAACCAAAAGGGAAGUCUGGACCGCCACAUGCGCCUGCAUAUGGGAAUCACACCAUUUGUCUGCCGCAUGUGUGGGAAAAAGUAUACCCGGAAAGAUCAGCUGGAAUAUCACAUCCGCAAGCACACAGGCAACAAGCCCUUUCACUGUCAUGUUUGUGGCAAAAGUUUCCCCUUCCAGGCCAUCUUGAAUCAACACUUUCGAAAAAACCACCCUGGUUGUAUACCUCUGGAAGGGCCUCAUAGCAUUUCUCCUGAGACUACUGUCACAUCUCGGCAAGCUGAAGAAGGGUCACCUUCACACGAAGAAACAGUUGCUCCUGGAGAAUCUGCUCAGGGCUCAGUUUCUACUACUGGGCCAGAUUGAAACAUUGAGGGGGAGGGGGUAGACCCUCUUCCCCUUUGGGCUGUAACCAGCCCCUAUCAGGACCAUGGGUUGGUACUUAGAUUCACAAAAUGCCACGUCACUCAACAAGAAAAUGUUCCCAUGGUUUUGCCAAAUUAGAAGACCAACAUGUGGAAAGCACUAAAGGCUCUUCUCCUCGUUCCCACCUCACACUUUGGAAAAUAAUCAAGCAAAUCACCUUCUAAUUCAGGGAUCAACAGCCUUGGUUUGUUAACUUUAUAAGAAAAAUGUUUUUAAACAAACUGAUCAACGGAUAAUCAUUUAUCUACCAGUCAUAAUUGAACACCAUACUUAGGUCCAUAUCAUCUUGAUGGGUGAAGUCCCAGAGCUAAUAAAACAGCAGCAGGAGCUUUGGUCAACUGAAGCAGCCCAUCAGAAGAGGGGAAUCCCGGUAGUCACAACGGUGAGAAAGGGGAAUCUUUCUUUCCUCUUCCCUGCAGAGCAUGCAUUUCCAUGUUUAAGGGAAAAAAUACAAAUACUGGUGACUCUUAACAGUCUGAAAGGUUAGAUUGAGUUUAUCCUGGUGAGGCAUCUAAUACUUUGCCUAGUUGUUUCAUGUGAUGAUGAGGGUAGCUCGAGGUAGCUAGCUACCUUGGAGCAGUGGUCCAGCAGGCAGACUCACCUGAAGCACUUGGGGCGUGGAGAAGUAAAGUGAGCCCCUAAGCGUUUACAGUGGGCACUCAUAUGAGAGCUUGAGAAAGAGGAGCAGGGGAGGAAGUACUUCUGUGCUUUGCAGAUCUGCACAGCAUGGAGCUGAACUACAACUUCCUGUUUGGUAUUUGUAAACCAUAGCACUUGCAUACAUCCUUGGGUGUUACAAAAAUGUUUCUAGUUAUGUGAUUUAACUUGUUAGGCUGACUACCAAAAGUUCAUCCUCUUGAGCUCCUAGUUUCAUAUAACAGCAAUAUUAUACAUCAAAAAUGUCACUUUUCAGUGAAAUGAGCCUGGAUUGUAUUUUUAAGUCCACAGACCUCCACAUUUGAUAACUUUUAUAUGAGGUUUUUAAACAGUUUUUUUCUGCAAUGCUGUAGUUGAAGAGAGAUUCAACACUAUUGUUCUUAUUGCAACCACAGUUUCAUUUCCUUCGACAUGUUUUAUACUUCGUAUUUUCAGUCCAAUGAAGAACCUCACUUAAAUCUGUGUCUUGGGUCUGUAAAUCUAUAUAUAAUUCAUAAACAAUUAGCAAAUUGCUGGUGACUCCAAGAGCUCUAUUUUUUGUUUUUUGCUUUUUUAAAUAAUACACUACAGGGCACUUCACUUACAAGAAAGUAUCAUGCACAAUCAUGUUGCAAUAAAUGAUCAAGGGAUCAAUUCUUAUCAGGUGUGGCUACACUAUCAUUCCUAAGAUUUUUAAAACUUCAAGGGGCUUUUUUAGUGAUCUUGAUUUUUUUUCUGAGAUUCUUAAUCCAGCUCUGAAAGAAUUUAUCAAAUACUCAGAGCUUUAUAUGCCCAUCUUGCAUGUGGAGAGAGAGAGGAGAAAUAUUAAAUGAUACAGGCAAGUGGAUACCUGCACUCUACCGUGCAAAUAGAAGUCUCUAGCUUGAGUGAUUUAAAGAGAAUAUUUAAAUGUAUAAUUGCUUUGGUACAGGGAUGUGGAUGAUUCUAAGACAUUUGGGGGAUAGGCUAGUCCUCUCUGCACUAGUGAGCCAUUUCUGAGAAUGUGAAGCCCACGUGCUCCUUGUGAGCACUCUGUGGUAAAGGUAGAGGAAAGCUGUUUUUCAAUAAGAAACUGGAAUGCAGAGGGUGGCCUUGAGCAGUCUGAGAAUCGGAUAUACUGUAUCACUAGAGAAAGAUUAUCUCUUCUGAAGAAGUAUAGAAAUUCAUCCUUUAAAGGAGUAUUUGGUACUUCACUUGAAGAGCCUGCCCUUAAAAGCAGCACAGCCCCGGAGAGUAGUAUCUCAUCUCUGAUAAUCACAGGCAGGCUUCUUGCUACUUAGUUGGACAGCAGUGUGAUAAAGUGACUCUGCCUCCUAGAGUCACUUAGGGAUGCCUGCUCAGGGGCAGAAAAACGUAGAGCUGGAGUUCUAGGGAAACUGUAGCUGUACUCAAGGCCUUCAGCGGACACAUCUUGUCAUUACUGAUCAGGCAGGUAGCUUGGGAAGUACAGAAGAUGCUGCUUCAGAUGGAUUUUUUUAAGCCAACCAAAAAUAUUUUAAGUCUGCCCUACUUUUGAAAAGUUAAGUUGUAUGCUGAAAAGUUGUUUUUUUGCAUUAAUAGCUUUUUAGGUUAUAUGUGAAAAAGUUGAGCUUUUAACUAUUACCAAAUUAUAGUGGUAAAGUGCAGUCAUUUCUGUAAAAAGAAACGGGAACACUUAUCAACACUCCAUUCAAGGUCAGGCACAAGCAGCUUGAAUGGGGUAGAGACUGUCGAAUUCAUGUGGAAAUGUUAGGCAUGCUUGGUGGGUUCCCUUCCGUUCUCACUCAUUUCUAAUAGGGUUUGACUGUACUGAUACUGUGAACAGAGUGCUUCCCGUCCUAGGACCACAUCAGCACAAUCUUCUUUGCUGGUUCUCUCCUCUAAUUGGCCUAGCCAGAGCCAUGAAAUUCAUGAGACUUCUAGCCAGGCUACCUUUGAAACAAAGUUUGCAAAAGUAAUCUUGUGUUUUAGUUAGAAGUGAUACCAAUCUAAAUAUCCAGGAUUCUUAUCCACAUUCACUGUGACAUUGUCCUACUUAUUUGCUAACGUCACUGUAGGGUCAUAAGGGUUAGUAGUAUACAUGUGUAUUAAUGAAUAUUGGUGUAUGUAUGCUCAUUAAGGGUGUACUGAAUGGACUUCAGCUGAUGCUGAAACUUACUACCAAAUCUUGGCUUGCACACGUCACCUUGUGAGGGGAACCACAUUAGCAGUGAGAGCCCAGUCAGCAGUAGUAAUGGAAUGCCAUGAGAUUGCAGUGUUAGGGCUGCUUCCGUUCAGUGGCACUUAGCAGCACAGGGGCUGUCCAGUGUUCUGAGAGAGAGCAGAGAGUUGGCCACGUGUGUAUGUAUGUUUUCACAUAGACUCUAUUCUCUCUGAAUUCUGACACUGGCAUAAACUAUGGCAUUCACACGGCAGUAUCACUGUAUUUACACAGAAAGGCUCUUCCUAAUGAAUUCUUCUCUUUUUUACUCAGAACCAUAAUUACCUCUAAACUGAGUUGAGUUUUAUUUUAUAUAAAUUCCAAGUGACUCCAUAGUUUGGGUUUGUUUUGUUUUUUGUUUUGUUUUGUUUUGGGUAUUUGAGGCAGGGUCUUGCUAUAUAUAUAUAUAUAUAUAUAUAUAUAUAUAUAUAUAUAUAUAUAUAUAUAUAUAUAUAUAUAUAUAUAUAUAUAUAUAUAAAAGCCCCUUGCUAUCCUGGCCCUCGAUGUAUAACCCAGAGGGCUUUGACCUCAUAAGUACUGAGAUUACAGAAAUGUACCGCCACACUUGGCCCCCAUUCCAUUUUAUUAUAAAACCGAAUUAGUCUGUAAAGUUCAAAGAAGGAAGAAAGCAGUUAAGAAAAGUUUUCUUGUAUUUUUCCAUGGGAUUUUUGUUUGUUUGUUUCCAGUUCCCUUCCCAUCAUUGAAACAAUUUUCCAAAGACAGUAUGAAGUAAAUGUAGACUGUCCAUCAUCUUCAUAGUGGAAAUCCAGCUUCCACUGGAUUCGUCUGGUGGAAGAGUGACAUUUGCAACUUCAUUUUAAUAGUUGAGUAGUCCUUUGUACAAGAAAUAGCUUUUACAUAGUCUCACUACUAACUCACACUAGUUUCUUUCUUUUUAACCUGUAUAAAUUACUUUUUGUUUAACAAGAAGGUCUAAUUUAAAGAAACGGAAGCAGUGGCAGUGGAAAGACUUUAACUAUAGUAGAAAGCACUUCAUCAGAAAGACUUGAACUCCUAGCAGAUAUGUAAGCAGGUGUCAUUUCUUCCUCUUCUGAAUAUGCUUUCUUAUUUGUAUACUUAUUUAUUCAAGAAAUACUGACUGGGUCGUUGCUGAGCAGGCUUUGGAAGUGGAGCUGUUUACAUGGGCCCCAAUGAAAAGAAACUAAGAUACUAGAACAUUUUCAUGCCUGACAGUUAGGAAAGAACAGCAAGUGGUUGCCGGGUAAACCACUGAGCUUGGGUGUAGCUCUCAGCAAAGCAGAUCCCUAGGGCUUGAGUUAGAACAGGGUUCAGCAAACCAUGACCUUCAAGUGAAAAACAAGGGGACCUGCUUAUGUGAACAAAUGUAUAUCAAACACUUAAGGACUUAGGCAUUGUUUAUGGCCUCUUUAUAUAAUAAUAAAGUUGAGUCCAUGGCCAACAAAGCCUAAAAGUACUCCACAUCUAGAAGGUCAGAGAAGGUCUGCCAUCUUCUCGCUGCUUCCUUUCAAAGAUUAACUACAAAUUGUUUCUCCAGACAUUUGCCCUUAGCAUAGUUUGGCCGAGGCUUUAAUUUCACAGUCUUACCUGCCUCUGGUACUUAAGAGUGUGCCAUUCUUUUUUGGAUCCCCAUAAGCCCUCUUGGUAUUUCUUGUGCUUGGUUGCUAUUCCAAAGGGUAUUAGAAUGAAUUAUAAGCCAGAAGGAAGCAGGGUUAUGAUUUCUUUUCUAAAAGGUUCAAGUAGAUUAAGUUAGAAGAGUUGUUUGUAACAGGAUAUUUCUUAUUUUAAAAAAUUCCCACUUACAACAGUGUGGAGCUGAACGGUUACUCUGCUCAAAGCUUUAUGUUUGUAUAAGUAAGCUUUGCCAUUUUUUUUCUUUUUUCUUUUUUUGGAGCUGGGGACCGAACCCAGGGCCUUGCGCUUGCUAGGCAAGUGCUCUACCGCUGAGCUAAAUCCCCAACCCCAGCUUUGCCAUUUUUUGAUCUGGCUUUAACUGAUUUGCAUAAUAACUUAACCUCUCUAGAAGUAAAGGACAAUUUCUGUUACAGAUAGGUAUUACUGCUUGCGGUAGCCCUUGCCUGCCAUCCCAGCGCUUGGGAGGGAAGACGCAGGUGAGGAUCAGGAGUUCAGAGUUACCCCCGGCUACAUAGAGUUUGAGAGUAACAGGGCUAUGUGAGAACUCUGUCUCAAAAAAACAAAACAAAAGAUGUUUUGAUCUUAUCAGAUGUACUGUUUUUCUAGAUUAGACACCCAUACUUUUUCCUUCACUUUAAUUUCCGUAAGCAAAUUCACUCUGUCCUCCUGUAGACUAAUAAAAAAAUUCAAAAUCUUUAUCUUUUUCUUUUGGAUGUUUUAAAACAUAGUAAAACAUCAGAUUUCAAAUUUUCUUAGGCCCAUUCUUCUAUACCUACUAUUGUCUAACUUGUUAAAAUACAUAUUGGACCAUUACGUAUUUGCUUUACGAACAUUCAUCCUUAGUGUUAUAUAAGAUGUGGAGAAAAGUAAAAUUUUAACUGUGGCCAUAGAAAUUCUUGCAAGAGAAUAUGACUUUUUCCCAUUGGAAAUAAGACAAGGGCUUCAGCAUUCUAUGUGGGCAAAGUUUUCUAAGCUAUGAUAAUUGAGUAUGGUGAAUUUGAUUUGUUGUUAUAAAUCCUAUCAUUGUAGAUAAAAGUGGGAGGAGUCAUUAAUCUCAAUGCACAACAUGUCUUUGGUUCUUUUAGUUUGGUUUGGUUUGGCUGUUUCAUUUUGUAACAGGGUCUGACUCUUUAUCUCUGACUGGCCUGGAACUUCUAUGUGGUUAGACUAGCUUAGAACUCACAGAGAUCCUUCUGCCUCCCAAGUGCUGGCACUAAAGGCAUGUGUCACCAUGGUUGGCCACUUCUUUGUUCUUAAAGUUGCCUUCUAAUAAAAUAUUGCUCUGCGAUAUAGUAUCCUCUGAAGAAUAGAUAAUUCUCAUUGUAAAGUUUCAGACUGUUCAUCUAAGUUAAAUCUAUCCUAUUUCAGAGCACAUUACACUUAGUAAUAAUGGGGUUUUCUGGUUGACCUGGAACAUGUUUCUUGGAAAAGAACUUGCUGUAGAUAACUGAACAUCCAACCAUAUUCUUUGAGGUCUUGCUAGUAGAUGUCAUUUAAAUAGGAAUUGAUUAAAAGCAUUGACAUUUGCUAAGUGUUACAACUAAUCCUCCAUAUUUUUGCUUCUUUGCUUUCCAGUAUUUUCCUGGUGUUUAGAUCAGGAUUUUUAAAUGGUGCUUUUCCCCAUGCUUAGAUAGUAAGUAGGCUUUCUUCCUCAGGACAGUCCAAAGUUAAAUAGUGUGAGUACGUUGGAACACCUGAGCUUGUUACAUUACAAAGAGAGUAAUUAUUGCUAGGGACAGUGACCUCAAACCCCGGAUCAUCUACUUUUGUUGUGUUGAAAGACCAUUUUUUUUCUCAAAGACACUUAACAACAAUGCUGGAAAGACAAUUAUUACAAUUAUUAUCUGAAAUCCACAUUAUCUUUAUAGAAGGUACAAAAAUAACUUUUUAUAAAUAAUCCUAACCUCACAACCUUCCCCUUAUAUAUCAAAAAUAUUUAACUUCUUAACACAGUUAAAAGGACCCCAGUAAUAGCUCAACUAGAGGAAGCUUUAAACAGCAAGGCUAACUUAUAAAGGCAGGGUGUGGUGGGGGUGAGGAGGGAACUUGUCUAAUGCUUGCUACUUUGUGUUUCCUCAGUAGGUCCUGUGGAAGAAUCUCAAGUGUCCCACCCAGUUAAGGUAGCCUUGCAUUGAGCAUCCCAGGUGACCAACACUAUAAUUUAAUGCCCUGACUUUUAGGAUGUGAAUUUUCCUUAAUGCUGUGGGUAUCUCAUGGAAACAUGCAAUUACUUGCCUUCACUGGUAUGUAGGAAGCUAUGUUCCAGUCAAGAAAUGUUAAGUACUUUUUGAUACCAGACAGUAUGCUUAAGACAAAAUGAGCUUUAACUGGUUGUGGCUUACCCAUUCUUUUGUCUUGUUUUUCUCUCUAGGUAGCCCUGGUUGCCCUAGAACUCACUACAUAUACCAAGCUGGAACUCACAGAGUUCUGCCUUGCCUUUGUCUCCUGAGUGUUGGGAUUAAAGGCAAGCUCUACCAUGCCCACCAGGGCUUCCCAUUCUUGAGAGUCAAGUAGGUUUUACUGAUGGGAGUCUGAUAUAUGAAUUUUUAGGAAGCUUGCACUUUUUACUAUAGAGAAGUUCUAAAAACAGAGUCCUUAACUGCACUGCAUGCUCUACUGCAUAACUGCAGUUAUGUCAACAUAGUCCUAAGAUGAUAAUAGUAAUACUAAAAACAGCCAACUUUUUUGAAUGUUUAUGUACAAGACACAGUUCUAUUAAUUUACCUGAUCCUCGUGUCGGUCUGUUUUGAUUGUUAUUAUCUUCAUCUUAGAAUGGCACACUUGGUCUUUCAUAGGCAAUCUAACACCUAACAGCCUCUCGUGCCUUUAGUGAGUGUGAUUGUGGCACAUCUUAUAGAGGAAACCACUGACAACCCUGAGGGUACCUAAGUUGAAGAUCUGAUAUUUACCAAUCCAAUUCCAAAGGCCAGACUACCUCCAUUAUAGUGCAUUUACUCCCCCUACAGUACCCACUAAUGUUCCUACCCUUAGUGAACUUGUAACCUGAGUAUGGAUCCUAGCACAUGACAGCUCUCAACUGUCUUGUUAUUCCUGUCCCAUGGGAUCCAAAGCCCUCCUCAGGUAACAGGCAUUGUCACUAUGCAAAGACACAUUCAAGCAAAACACCCAUAGAUCUAUAAAUAAGUAAAAUUUUGUAUAUUAUUAGCAGAUUCCUUCAAAGGCUGAUGCAGUUGGUCUCUGCAGAUUUGAAUAGGAAUAUUGCCAACUUAUUCAGAACAAUGGCCCAAUUUGGCAGGUCUAAUCGUGAGUUAAUUGAGUAAGUCACUAUUUAAAAAUAAAACUGUUUUCUGGUCACUUGUUGCUGUGUAACAAACUACUCUAAAGUUUAAAGGGGCUUACAAGAUCUUGACUUUGUAGAAAGUUAGAAGUUAAGGAAGAGGGAGACGGUUGAACUGGUCUAAAAAGUUCAAGAUUAUAUCGUGAGUGCCUGGUGUACGGAGACCUGAAAAGCUAGGUCUAGCCUUGUCAUUGAGUUUCAGGGAUUCUCCCGGAUAGUUGGACUUCUUUUUGUUUGUUUGUUUUUGUUUUCUGUUUUUUUGAGGAAGAAUUUCUUUAUGUAGCCCUGGAACUCAAUCUGUAGAUUACGCUGGCCUCUCAAAUUCUAGGAUCAAAGGUGUGGGCCGCCCAGCAGGUAGUCGGACUUUAAAAUGGCAACUCAGGCUGGGCAAGAAUGCCAGUCUUCUCAGAGGCCAGGCAUGGAGUCGCUGCCAUGCUUUGUAAAGUGGUGAGCCCAGGUCUUAGGGGAGAGGGCCCACCCUAAACUUUAUGAAAGGCAUGCAGAGAUUUGAGAGCAUGUUUACUUGUUUACAGGUAAUGUUCGGCUUUUCUUCUUUCCUAAACCUUUUGCAGUCGGUUAUUAAUACCAGUGAAGCUGUAUAUUACAUCUGCCCUGUGACAGUGAAAGAUCUAGAAGAAUGAGACGGAUACUCGAGGCUCGUUUUAUUACUUAUAGCCUUCUUUCAAGUCCACCCUUAAAGCAGUUGUCCUUUUCAUUCUAUACGUUGUUAAUGGGAUUCUGCUGUGGUUGCUGUGAAGCCACAAUAGCUGUGCGUGCUGAGCCAAACGCUCCCUAAGAAGUAAAAGACUAUUGCUGUUUGAGAUUUUGAUGUAUUGGAGAUAGCUGUAUUUAAGUUUAUAAAUAGGCGGGAAAUUCCUAUGAUAGGAAAAUGUAUGGCUACUGAGUCAUUUCAGAAAUUCCUCUUGUGUGGCUUGCUAUCCUGUUGUUGAGACCAUCAGAGGCUCUUGUUGUACUGUUGUCUCAUACAUGCUAGGCAAGUGCUCUAACCACUGAGUGACAUCUGCUCACCACAGUCAGUUUUGCCUACUUGUCUUAUCCCAUCUCUAUCUCUACCACUUCUCCUCUCAUAAUUUUAUGCUUAAAGAUGAAUUGGCUGAUCCUAUUCUUACAGCUUUUCUUUCUUUCUUCCUUUCUUUCUUUCUUCCUUUCUUUUUAAAAAGAUGUAUUUAUUAUGUAUGUGAGUACACUGUAUCUGUUCUCAAACACACCAGAAAAGGGCAUCAGAUCCCCAUUAUAGAUAGUUGUGAGCCACCAUGUGGUUGCUGGGAAUUGAACUCAGGACCUCUGGAAGAGCAGUCAGUGCUCUUAACCACUGAGCCAUCUCUCCAGCCCCCUUACUGCUUUUCUUACAGUACAAUCAGUUUCCCAAUUUUGUGUAUUAGCUUCUCUAAUUCAGAGUCACCAAUCUUUGAUUUUUUUUUUUUUUGAGGCUGGAGUUGUCAGAAUUAUAAUGCUUUACUUAAACCUCUGCUGACGUAAGAUAAUGAGACUGGAAAACAUAACUAGUCCUGCAUUGAGAGUAACUAGUCCUGCAUUGAGAAGAAGAUGGUAGAGAAUGAGUUGUACUCUACUAAGUAUCCCCAAAUCAAUUCACUUACAAGAGAAAAAAGGUUUGAGAUACCAAGUGAGUAGCUUCCCAGAGAAGUAGCUUUUGGCCCAUCAUUUCUAGUUCUCAUGUACUCCAGUGAUCUCUGUUGCUAAAUGAGGCCUGGAGAAAUAGAGGAGUAGUAGGAGCCAAAGGCUUAAUUUAGGACUCUAUAAAAUGCUAGGAACUGGGGGGGUGGGGGGGAACAUAGUAUAGUUAGGUGUCCAAGGAUAGAGUGAAGAUUAAUUAGGUUUUAUCGUGUAAAGAAGAGGGGACAUUUUUAAUGAAAAAAAAGAAUAAAACUUAAUUUAAAACUUUUUAAAAUAUUCAUUUCCACCCUAAUAUAAUCCAGUUACCUCUGUCUUUCUUUACAGAGAAGCUUUGAAAUUACAGUCCUAGGAAAUGACAAUUUUAAUGUGAUAACCUAUGUCUUACCUGGCAUGUUGUAUUCAUUGAGGACUUCUCUGGAAUCGCGUGGUCUCCAGUUUGUAGACCUUGGAUGGUUACAUAGAAAGAGAGCAAGGCAAGCAAAGGAGAGUCCUAUAGACUGACAAUCUUCUUUUCCUUUCAGUGGACAGUCACACCAGCUGGAGUGAGUAGCCACUACCUGAGGGUUAAGUUCUGCCUGUAGCCUCAUCUUGAAGCAGAUGCUAAUGGCCUUUGAGAAUGACGUGUUUCCUGUAAGUCAUAGAAAUGCAGCUGUAGUGGUUAAGAACCACUCAAAACAGAGAUGCUGUGCAGGGAACAAAGCUAAAAUGUGUUUCCUCUGGAAGCCAAAUUACUAAAGAGGUCACAAAAAGUGUACUGAAAGUCCACCUGUGAAAUGCUCUCGGGUGGCAGACAUAUUUAGAAUUUAUACGGAGUUUCUAGUAUUUUUACAAAAAUGACUUUAAAUCUGGUAAUAAGUUUUGUUGUUUUUUAAUGAGCCUGUUUUCUUUUUGGAAAAAUGGCUCAAUAAAAAUAUCACUAAAGAAUUCAAUUGUAUAUGCAUGUGCAUUAAACACAAUGAUAUACUGAAGAUAGUUCACGCAAAUAAUUUUAUGGGAAGGUUAGCUAUUUUCUUAAUGUCUUUUUCAUAAUGUAUGUUUAUAAAUAUAUUUACUCACGCAUCAUGGUCUUGGUAGCAUAGAAGCAUUUUGUUAGCUGUGUUGUACUAAAAAUUAAAUACUCGGCGUAGUAAGCUAUGAGAGCUUUUGUUCACUUUGCAUUUGGACUGAAAAAAAUUACUUCUUGCACUUUCUAUUUAUAAAGAUGUUAUAACACAUCUAACAGUUAGUGCAUCAUUUUUUUUGUUUUGUUUUGUUUUGUUUUGUUUUUUUAAAAGCUAGCAGAUGUAGGUAUUAAAGUGAAAUAUAUGCUUACAGCCCUGACAAAAGACAAGAAAAAUAUGCUUAUAGCUGCCUGAGAAAGUCUAGGGAUCAGUACACAGCAGACAGCCUGAGAGCAGCUGUUGGGAUAAGCGUCCUGUGGCUGUGAAUGGCAGUGUUGCUGGGAGCUGUUAGGGGGGUGUGGGUGUGUGUGUGUGUGUGUGUGUGUGUGUGUGUGUGUGUGUGUGUGUAAGGAAAGGGUGUCUAAUGAAGGCAGAUGAGUCUAUGUAGAGCAUCCUACCUCCCACUGAGUACUGAGCACAUUCAAGAUCUCCCUGUAGCCCUGUCACAGGAGCUUGAUUCCUCAGCCCAUCUACCCCGUUCUUUUCUAUGUACGUUUCAGCUCCUCUACCUCUGAGCAUUUGCUGAAGAAAUAGGUGUAGCUUUCUAUUGCAAUAGAAGAAAGCUAGACUCAAAUACAGAGGCUGCCAUGCAGAUGUUAAUGUUUGAUCCUUGAUGUCCAAGUCUUGCACUUGUCUGGUAGGAGUAUCUAGUAGAUGUGGAGGCUUUGUUCUGUGUGUGUGCCCAUGCACAUGUGCUGUGCUUUAUUAUGCUGCCCAAGCUGGCCUCAAACUCUCCAUCCUCCUGACUCACCCUCCGUUUUUGCUGUCUCUUUGUGAUGUUCCCAAGGCAGAACCUCAGGCCUUGCUUUGUAGCUCAGGCUGGCCUUCAACUCUCACUGUCCUGCCUUGGCCCCUUGAAUGCUGACACUACCAGCAUGUGCCAGCACACCCUCUUUUGUGUGUUUGUUCUCACAGAUGCCCCAGUUACAUUGGAUGACGUGAAGCAGCGCUGUUCUUUCAUUGCCUGCCACUUGCAGUUCAUUUGUAGGGACUGGAGUGUUAACCACAUGUUCCUGAUAACAAGGCUACUAUCAGUAUCUUACAUGACAAGGAUUCUUGGAUGAUCUCUUUGCUUUUACUUUGAAAAUAUAUGUUUUUUAAAAUGCCAAUUAACUGUCAUGAUAGUCAAAAUUUGAAUUUUGUACAUGGCAGAAACGUUCAUUUCAAUAGUAAAAUGAAUGCCACCUUGUCAAAAUCGGUUUCUGCUUGAGAUGCUAGUUCCCAGUGCAAGUCAGUACCUCCCUUUGUUAACAGCUGAGGAGCGACUGUUGGCUCCGACAGGAGAGAGGAGGUCCGCAGUGUUCUCGCCUUUUCCUCUCCUGUCCCAUGUGGGCAGCGAUGUCGAAAACCAGCAGUUCUCUGGUCAGAAAUGGAAAUUAGAGAAUUACUCAUUUUCAGAUCUUUAGGUGUUUCCACCUUUCCUUGUGACACUAGGUAGGGCAAGUAGGGAAUACAGACCAUGUGAAGUUCCCAAAAGGGAGAAAAGCACUCCACAUACGUGACCGUGAGCAGCUUGUGAAUAAAUCCAGCAUGAGUCGUCCAGGGAGAAGGAUGAAUAAAAUAUGUGAGUCUGUUCACCACAACCGUUCAGUGCCACGCUGUAGAGUCGUUCUCAGUCUGCAGGCCAUGCUAGCAUGUCAGGCUCAGGAAUUAAGUUGUGCUUAAGAAAGUUCUCCCUCCAGCUUACAAUUUGUAUGCAGUCUUAUUCUAGGCCUACCCUGAUGUCUUGUUAUAAAUCAUUCUUUAAAACACUAUUUAAUUAAGUCUUACUUAAUAAUACUUUAUUGUCAGUGUGGUUGCUUAUUUGGUUAAACUAAUAUUUGGAGAAAAAAGUAAAUACCCAGGUAAUUUUUUUGAGUUACAUUAAACUCAUGAAUGUUGGAGGAAACUGCUUCUUACGCUCUUCCUCUGUUUUAGAUGAGCAUUGGGCCUUUGUGACACCACUUCCAGACAUUCCCAUUUGCCCGGUCUGUUGUGCAACCUGGGCUUUAGAAAGAUCCCUAGGGAUGGAGUGGGAGUGCAGGGGCUGCUUCAGUAUAGCACUCCUGUUUAGCGUGCACAGAACCCUGUAUGCAGUCCCGUGAGCAACUACAGAAACCUGCCUGAUGAUUCUGAUGUCCAGCCAGGGUUGGAAUUCACUUAGUGAGUACUCAUUUGUGUCUUAGACAGGAUAACCUCCAACUAGAACUAUCUCAUUCUCUCUCCCCCACUCCCCAAGUGAAAUGAAGAUGUUUGGUUUUGUUUUAGAGGGCAGGGUUGGGGUUGGAGUUGGUUUGGGGGGUGUUUUGUUUUAUUUGAAAGAGAAAGAAUGCCUUGGAGUCAAAGGGACUCCAGUAGAGAAAUGGCUAGAAGCUAGUUUUCUUGACACUGGUACCUUUAUUCCUAUCCCAAGUAGGGUUCUGGGCGUAAAGCUGACAGGGGGCCAGAGCGCAGGCUUGUCUACUUCUCAGAGUAGGUCUGAAGAAAACUAUUAGAUCUAUCAAGUACCCUGUGUGCCAAAUACAAAGUGUGCGUAUGUACACAAAAGCAGUCUUCACGCCUGAUCUCCAGAGUCCUUUUCCUCUGCAUGUGUGAUUUGAGUUAUGAUUGCCCAACUCUGACAACCAAACUAGAGUAGCACUUCGGUGUCCUGAAGCCACACUCCACCUGCCUUUGGGCCUCUAUUUUUUGUGAAACAAACAGGUAGUGUUGUUACUUAUGGAGAAAAGAAUAUCCCUGUCUUGGGUGAUCAGGACACUUGUGAUUAUUUAUCUCUUAACCUGGUAGGAUUGUCAAGUGACUCUUGACUUCUUAGCUGUUUCUUUCUGAAUGAAAUGGACUAGCUAAGGCCUAAAUAUUUCUGACUGGUGUGUGGAAUGAGUCACCUUAACAUCUUUCAGUCUAGGAUGUUAAAAGACCUGACCCAGUCAUUCCCAAAGGAAAUUCCACGGCUUCCAUUCUCACCCUGAGUAGAAAAGCUGUGUAACAGUUGACAGCCUGCUGUGGCAAUGGGGAGGCAAGAGUUGUUCCAUCCACAUAAAAAUGAAAACCACCUUUCAGAGUAACCACUGGGCAGCUUCUCGCUGCUGAAUGAAGUGUGCCUUUAAGUAAUUGAUCAUUUCAGAAAUAGGUGGUGUCAACAGGGAGAGAAGGUAGGUAAAGGAAAAGGUUGAUUAGAGCAGAGGGCUAAUUAGAGUCAGAAUAUGAACAAUUCUAAGUAGCAUCUAAGGCCUUGGCUACUUAGCUGUAAAUGCAGCAUCAGAGAGAACUGCCUCCCUGCCUUAGGAUGACUUGCUGAGAACUUCUGACCCUGAGUAGGAUAGGAAAGCAGUUACUAUAAGGGGUUUUCAUCCUGGAGAAUAUGGUACAAUACUGUGAAACUUGAUGACAUUUAUGCAAAUUAUACCACACUGGACUUUAAGCUUUUUGAAGGGACAAAAGAGGAAGGUGGGGAAGUGGUAGGAAAAGCUAAGUGUGUCAGCAUUUGAUAUUUUGAGCAAGAGUAAAAAUAUUAUCACAAAUGUAAAGUCAGAUCAUCAUCCACCCUAAUGUGCUGUCUUAGUCACUCAGUCAUUCAGUCAUUCAGUCAUUCCCCUCCUUUGCCCCACCUCUCUCCUUGUCCUUUUAGUACUGGGUGUGGAGCCUGAGAAUCUGGGGUGUGCUCGGCAAGCACUCGCCACUGUGCUGUCAUCACUGUCAUUCCAGACCCAAAUCUUUCUGAGACAGCCAAGCAGUGCUGGUCUGGUCACAGUGUGACUCCCUUGCUCCGUCUCCUAGUCCCAGUGAAAGCAGGUGUCAUCAGAACUGUGGGCCAAGGACGUGUGCUCUCGGAGUCCGUUAGCUUUUCACUUGCUGUGGUCUGUUCACAGCUUCAGCCUAGUCACUGUUUCGUAUCCUAAUGGAUCUAUUACUCAGGACCCAGUGGCUUCCUUUUCCUUUAAGACAUCUUAGGAACAGCACUCUGGACCGAGGGUUCUAGUCUACCUAAGCGAGGGAAAGUACAUUGGCAGAGCACUUAGAUUUCCUGGUUCCUGUCAUUUAGGAUGGGCUACUCAGGCUCUGCCUGUGAAGGCAGAGAAGGCGGAGGGCGAAAGAGGAACAGCAAUGCAGCAGACCUUUGGUUUCCUUCAGAUGGACCUACUCUGAAGGAACUGUAUCCAACUCCUCUCUUAUGUAUGGUGCUUAUCUAACGGGUGACAGCUGUCUCCCGGCUACCUGUCCCUGGCACUGUGCCUUCCCACUGGUCACUGUGAAAAAUAGAUCACACUGGACUCAGAGGCCAGAAUCCAGGACAAGAUCCCUCUUCGUAUCUUGAGCCCAUUGCUUCUUCUCACAGCUUAUAAUGUAGCAUUAACUUCUCUUUGAGAACUUUGGGAGUUUUCAUCCCAAGAAACCGCCGGAAAACAUAAGGAAACAUAAUUAGAUUUUGGUUAUACAUUUGUCACAUUACGAAAUGACAGAAAGAUUUCACGUGAGCUGCUACUGAGUGACAGCGAGAGUCGAACUGCAACCUCUUCUUGUUCCUGAGGCUGACACAGUAGCAUCUGUAAGCAGCAGGUAUCUGACUAGUUCCUACUAGUUCAUCAAGGAGACUUCAUAUUGAAACAGACAAUCACUUUCUAAAGCAUUGAUCCUGGAUGGGAAUGGAUAGAUUAUUUUUAACUACCAGUCUGUUUUCUCCCUAUGAAAGGGACACUUGAGAUUCGUGUCUUUCAUCUACAGCAGUUAUGCCGUUAACAGUAAAGAUGCCUGAGAGAGCGCAGCAGUGCAACACUCCCACACCCGAGAACGCAGGGUUGCCUCUGUGCAUCUUUCCUCCCAAAACUUUGUCUUUCCCUCAUGACCUUAACUAUAAAUACCUAUAUUAGAAGUAGGAUUUUCUCUCCCCAGUCUCCUUUAAUCAUCAUAUAAGUGUAAACCCUCCAUUCCCCUUUACUAAGAAAAAACAAAAACAAGAAGUAUGCACUUUAAUUCCUAAGGAGUGUGGCUGUUCCUGGCCCCGAAGCCAGAUCGCUCAGGAGGAGAGUUGAAGAGGGAAAACUCUUGCCAGACCCUGUAAGGUUUAACCACAUUUCCUUGUCCCUUACCCCCAUAGUGCUGGGGAUUGAGCCCAGAGCCUUACACAUGCUCGGCAACUGCUGCCCCAGUAACAAAUACCUUAAUGUGAACACAAAUGCCACAUUUUUUAAGCUGCCCCCAAGCAUUCCCUGCCAAAGGGAAAAAGAACCACUAAAUAAGAGUUCAAAAUACUUACCCUGAUUUUGGAUUUUUUUUUUUCUGGGGGAAAUUUUAUUCUCAUUGAAUUAUUUUUUAACUGCCAAAUUAUAUCUUUAAAAAAAUCAUGUUUUGUGGUAGUUUUUUUCUGUUUUUGAUUUUAAAAGAUUUUUUGAUUUGUUUUCAAGCGAAAACAAUGGCACUAAAAUAUUAUCCAGAACUGUGUCACAGCUAAGUACUGAGCUUGGGUCCCCUGUGUGACAGGGGACCCUGACUCUCCUCCUGUAGAAUCUGUCUUUCCCUGGACAAGCCAAUAGUUCUUGGAGGGGUAGCAUGUCUCCUAGAGCCCCUGGAGCCCAUUGUGUCGGGGAGGGGGGAGGGCACGAGGGUCAAGGGAGGGAGAGAUUCAAAGAAGAGUUAAGAUGUGGGUUUCUAUAAACAUAUUUAAAGCAGUUAGCAAAAGCUUUCUCGUUGAACAGCUUUAAGAACAAUGUGAAUGAAAUCUUAGCAACUUGGCUAGUAAUCUGAGAAGUCUGUUAAUGUAUACUUGAAAUUGUAUAAAAAUGCAUUUUCUCUUUAUUUUGACACUGUGUAUAAGAACAUUAUGCAUGUGAGUGGUUUGAGAAAUAAAACGUUUAAUACUCA